AUGCAGGACCUACAAGAUGUUACUAUUCGGUACAUUAACUGUGAGGAUCCCAUUGAAAGCGCAGCUAGAAGACAAAGAGUGAUUGAGAGUGACUCCAGAGGUUUAAUGGAGGAAACCCUUACCUUUAUGUUGUGUAACUCACCAAAUCUUCAACCAACCAGGACGGGACAAAGAAACUCCCAAGUCAUACCUCUUGAAGAGACUGUAGCCGAAACCCACCACUCGGGUAACCCAGAGAGAGAGUUAAUCCUUGGAAAAACCAAAAAGAAGCAUGGACGACCACCAAUAAACCCACUACAGUCGAAGAAGAAUCAACUGAACGAAGCUGGCCCUAACGCAACAGUAGAGCAACACGACAGAGAGGAUCAGCAUCGGCAAGAGGCACAAACCCAGAAGAAUCAACAACUACACCGAUCAUCCCAACCACUCAACCAAUCGUUCCUCCUCAAUCCUGAGUUAAACUGUUAUGGUUUGGGAAAUCCCAUAACAGUCCACAGACUGAAGGAGCUAAAGAGGAACCAUGCUGCGGAUAAUUUUCCUAAUGGAAACAAAGAACACUGA